AUGUCUAUAGUGGAGACGAUGUCAUACAGCUCUGACGUGGCGAACUUCCUCUGCGUGGACGAUGAUGAGCAAGGCUUCCCCAACAGGGAUCUGGCGCUAGUAGCGGGAGACGUGUUAACCAGGGUGCGCUCCGAGUUGAACUCGCCGGCUGGUUCAAGAACGGACAGUGGCGCGUCGUCUCCGAUCCGCAGCGCGUCGCCGUCACGAAACCGUCACGACUCCGACGACGAGUUCAUUGACACGGUCGAUAGCGAGCCGGAGCCGGCGCCGGCGCCCGCGCCGCAGCCCGCGAGACUCAGCAACGGCCACGCGCACCAGAUCACCUCGCAGCUCACACACCUAAAAGUGCUAGAGCAUCUGCCGGGCACACUAGCGCGAUUGGAAGCCGACGUAGCGGCGCUCCGCAAGGCCGUCGAAGGCGAUCGCCGGGCGUUCCAGCAAUCGUCUCAAUGGCGUUGGCCGUGGCAGGAACUCAGCACUCCCACACUGGCUCUCGUGCUGUUAUGGCCUUUCCUGGCUUAUGGGGUUGCACGCCGCUUUGCGCCACAGCGAAACACGUGA